GGUCCCUGACUGAGCCUUUCUGUCCCCUGCAGGACAGAGGUGGACCUCGGCAGGCUGCGCAUAUCCUGCUGUAUGUGAUGAGCAGCGUUCACCUCCCGGGCACUGACAGCACGGAGCAGGCCAGCAUCCCCAGAGCCAUGGCAGCCACACUGGGAGCUGGCACAGCCCCCAGGCCUCAGGCCAGGAGCAUAGCUGGGGUGUAUGUGGAGGCCUCGGGCCAGGCCCAGAGCGUCUACACUGCCAUGGAGCAGGGUCUUCUGCCCGCUGGGCUCGGGCUGGCUCUGCUAGAGGCCCAGGCAGCCACCGGGGGCCUGGUGGAUCCUGCCCAGGGCCAGCUGCUCCCUGUGUCUGAGGCCCUGCAGCAGGGCCUGGUGGGGCUGGAGCUGAAGGAGAAGCUGCUGGCCGCUGAGCGCGCUGCCACAGGCUAUCCUGACCCCUACGGGGGUGAGAAGCUGUCCCUCUUUCAGGCCAUCGGGAAGGAGGUUGUGGACAGGGCCCUGGGCCAGAGCUGGCUGGAGGCCCAGCUGGCCACUGGGGGCCUGGUGGACCCUGCCCGUGGCGUGCGCGUGGCCCCUGAGCAAGCCUGCCAGCAGGGCCUCCUGGACCGGGAGACGUGGCACAAGCUGUCGGAGCUCGAGCCUGGCACAGGCACCCUGCAAUUCCUUGACCCCAACACGCUAGAGCGGCUGACAUAUUACCAGCUGCUGGAAAGGUGUGUACGGGCCCCCAGCUCGGGGCUGGCCAUGCUGCCCCUCAAGAUCACCUUCCGCUCCGUGGGCGGGGCCGUGAGUGCAGCCGAGCUGCUGGAGGUGGGCAUCCUGGAUGAGGAGGCUGUGCGGGGUCUGCAGGAAGGCAGGCUGGCUGCCGCGGACGUGGGCGCACGGGCCGAGGUGCGGCGCUACCUGGAGGGCACCGGCAGUGUGGCCGGGGUCGUCCUGCUGCCCGAAGGCCACAAGAAGAGCUUCUUCCAGGCUGCCGCCGAGCACCUGCUCCCGAUGGGCACCGCGCUGCCACUCCUAGAGGCCCAGGCCGCCACCCACACCCUAGCGGACCCCACCACAGGCCAGCGGCUAUGGGUGGACGAGGCAGUCAGGGCAGGCCUAGUCAGCCCAGAGCUCCAUGAGCAGCUUCUGGUGGCUGAGCAGGCCGUGACAGGGUACCACGACCCCUUCAGUGGCUCCCAAAUCCCCCUCUUCCAGGCCAUGAAGAAGGGGCUAGUGGACAGGCCACUGGCACUGCGGCUCCUGGACGCCCAGCUGACCACAGGAGGGCUGGUCUGUCCAGCACGUAGGCUCCGGCUGCCCCUGGAGGCCGCCCUGCACUGUGGCUGCCUGGAUGAAGACACUCAGCGACAGCUCUCAGGGGCUGGUGGCUUCUCAGACCCCGGCACACAUGGCGGCCUGCGCUAUGAGCAGCUGCUGGCCCGCUGUGUCACCGACCCGGACACUGGGCUUGCUUUCCUGCCACUCUCCGGGGGGCCCAGGGAACAGCAGCCCCAGGGACCCCCAUUCAUCAUGCACGGUACUCGACAGGCCCUGAGUUCAGCCACAACCACUAUCUCGGUGGGGAAGUUCCGGGGCCGGCCCGUGUCCCUCUGGGAGCUGCUCUUCUCUGAGGCCAUCUCCGCAGAGCGGAGGGCGAUGCUGGCCCAGCAGCACCAGAAAGGGACCCUCUCUGUGGAGGAGCUGGCUGCUGAGCUGAGCGCCACCCUCGAGCAGGCUGCAGCCACUGCCAAGGUCACCUUUUCUGGGCUGAGGGACACCGUGACACCAGGAGAGCUGCUCGAAGCCGAGAUCAUCGACCAGGACCUGUACGAGCAGUUGGAACACGGGCAGACCACGGCCCAGGAUGUGAGCAGCCUGGCCUCCGUGCAGAAGUACCUGCAGGGCACCGGCUGCAUCGCCGGCCUGCUGCUGCCUGGCUCUCAGGAGCGCCUGAGCAUCUAUGAGGCCCGACGCAAGGGGCUCCUCCGACCCGGCACUGCCCUCAUCCUCCUGGAGGCGCAAGCCGCCACAGGCUUCAUCAUCGACCCGAAAGAAAACAAGGCACACUCCGUGGAGGAGGCGCUGAGAGCUGGCGUCAUUGGGCCCGACGUGUAUGCGAAGCUGCUGUCGGCCGAGCGCGCCGUCACCGGCUACACCGACCCCUACACCGGGCAGCCCAUCUCCCUCUUCCAGGCCAUGCAGAAGGGCCUCAUCGUGCAGGAGCACGGCAUUCGCCUGCUGGAGGCCCAGAUUGCCACGGGCGGCAUCAUCGACCCUGUGCACAGCCACCGCGUGCCCGUGGACGUGGCCUACCGGCGUGGCUACUUUGAUCAGAUGCUGAACAUGAUCCUGUUGGACCCCUCUGACGACACCAAGGGCUUCUUCGACCCCAACACACACGAGAACCUCACGUACCUGCAGUUGCUGGAGCGCUGCGUGGAGGACGCCGAGACGGGCCUGUACCUCCUGCCACUCGGCAGCACGCAGUGCCCGCUGGUAGACAGUGCCACCCGGCAGGCCUUCCAGAACCUGCUGCUCUCUGUGAAGUACGGGCGGCUUCAGGGGCAGAGGGUCUCCGCGUGGGAGCUGAUCAACUCUGAGUACUUCAGCGAGACCCGCAGGAGGCAGCUGCUGCAUCAAUACCGGCGACGUGAGGUCAUGCUGGGGCAGGUGGCCCAGCUGCUGGAGGCUGAGACGCAGAGGCAGGCGGAUGUCACACUGCCUGCACUGCGGGGCCGGGUCACCGCCCACCAGCUCCUGGAGGCACGAAUCAUCGACCAGCAGCUGUUGGACCAAGUGCUGGCUGGGACGGUCAGCCCCGAGGCCCUCCUCCUCAUGGAUAGCGUCCGCAGGUACCUGCGUGGCCUGGGAGCUGUGGGCGGCGUGAGACUGCUGCCCUCCGGCCAGCGGCUUAGCCUCUACCAGGCCAUGAGGCAGAAGCUGCUGGGGCCCAGUGUAGCCCUGGCCCUGCUGGAGGCCCAGGCAGCCACCGGAACCAUCGUGGACCCUGACAGCCUGGAGAGCCUCUCAGUGGAUGAGGCUGUGCGCAGGGGUGUGGUGGGACCAGAGCUGUAUGGCAGGCUGAAGCGGGCUGAGGGUGCCAUCACUGGCUUCAGAGACCCCUUCUCUGGGACGCAGGUGUCCCUGUUCCAGGCCAUGAAGAAAGGUCUCAUCCCUUGGGACCAAACUGCCCGCCUCCUGGAGGCUCAGGUGGCCACAGGAGGGGUCAUCGACCCCAUGGGCCACCACCACCUCCCCAUGCCAGUGGCCAUUCAGCGUGGCUUUGUCGACCAGGAGAUGGAGACAGCCUUGUCCAGCUCCUCCGAGACCUUCCCCACACCAGACAGCCAGGGGCGCACCAGCUAUGCCCGGCUCCUGGAGCAGUGCCCCAGGGAUGAGACUUCUGGCUCUCACCUCCUGCCCUUGCCAGAGAGUGCUCCUGCCCUCCCCACUGAGGAGCAGGUCCAGAAAAGCCUGCAGGCCAUGCCGGGCACCGAGGACGGCACGUCCCUCUGGGACCUGCUCAGCUCCUGCCACUUCACCGAGGAGCAACGGAGGGCCCUGCUGGAGGAUGUGCAGGAGGGGAGGACAGCUGUGCCACAGCUACUCGCCUCUGUGCAGACAUGGAUACAGGAGACUAAGCUCCUGGCCCAGGCCCGCGUCACGGUGCCCGGCCCGCGGGGUGAGGUCCCUGCCGUCUGGCUGCUGGAUGCUGGCAUCAUCCCCCAGGAGACCCUUAAGGCCUUGGCUCAGGGCACACAGUCACCCACCCAGGUCGCUGAGCAGCCGGCGGUGAAGGCCUGCCUGUGGGGCACGGGCUGCGUGGCUGGCGUGCUGCUGCAGCAUUCCGGGGCCAAGGCCAGCAUCGCCCAGGCCAUGAGGGAUGGCCUACUGCCUGCAGGCCUGGGCCAGAGGCUGCUGGAAGCCCAGGUGGCGUCUGGCUCCCUUGUCGACCCCCUGACCAACCAGAGACUGUCAGUGGAGGAUGCAAUUAAGGUCGGCCUGGUGGGCAGGGAGCUGAGUGAGCAGCUCGGGCAGGCUGAGAGGGCAGUGGCCGGGUACCCGGAUCCCUACUCCGGGGGCUCCCUCUCGCUGUGGCAGGCAAUGGAGAAGGGGCUUGUGCCGCAGAACGAGGGCUUCCCCCUCCUGCAGGUGCAGCUGGCCACGGGGGGCGUGGUGGAGCCUGUCCAUGGGGUGCACCUGCCCCAGGCGGCAGCCUGCAGACUUGGCCUUCUGGACACACAGACGAGCCGAGCGCUGACCGCAGCUGACGAGGACAACAAGUUCUUCUUUGACCCCAGCGCACAGGACCAGGUGACCUACCAGGAGCUCAGGGAGCGCUGCGUGCACGACCCCGAGACCGGCCUGUUGCUGCUGCCCCUGACCUCGGACACAGCGCUUGAGGUGGAUGACCACACUGCGGUGGCUCUGAGGGCCAUGAAGGUACCUGUCAGCACGGGGAGGCUUCAGGGCUGCAGCGUGUCACUCUGGGACCUGCUGCGUUCCGAGUACAUUGGCGCUGACAAGCGGCAGGAGCUGGUGGCACUCUGCCGGUCUGGGAGGGCUGCAGCCCUACGGGAGGUGGUCAGCGCGGUCACUGCCCUGGUGGAGGCUGCGGAGAGGCAGCCCCUGCAGGCCACUUUCAGAGGGCUCCGGAAGCAGGUGUCAGCCAGGGACCUGUUCACGGCGCAGCUGAUCAGCAAGAAGACGCUGGACGAGCUGAGCCAGGGGGUGACGACUGUGACGGAGGUGGCAGAGAUGGACAGUGUGAGGCGGUCCCUGGAGGGCGGCAACUUCAUUGCCGGGGUCCUUGUCCAAGGCACCCAGGAGAGGAUGAGCAUCCCAGAAGCCCUGAGAAGGCACAUCCUGCGGCCCGGCACGGCACUGGUGCUGCUGGAAGCACAGGCAGCCACCGGCUUCAUCAUCGACCCCGUGGAGAACCGGAAGCUGACUGUGGAGGAGGCGUUCAAAGCAGGGAUGUUUGGCAAAGAAACCUACGUGAAGCUGCUGUCAGCCGAGCGCGCCGUCACUGGCUACACCGACCCCUACACCGGGCAGCAGAUCUCCCUCUUCCAGGCCAUGCAGAAGGACCUCAUCGUGCGGGAGCACGGCAUCCGCCUGCUGGAGGCCCAGAUCGCCACGGGCGGCGUCAUCGACCCCGUGCAUAGCCACCGCGUGCCCGUGGACGUGGCCUACCGGCGUGGCUACUUCGACGAGGAGAUGAACCGCGUCCUGGCGGACCCCAGCGACGACACCAAGGGCUUCUUCGACCCCAACACGCACGAGAACCUCACGUACGUGCAGCUGCUGCGCCGCUGCGUGCGUGACCCGGACACCGGGCUCUACAUGCUGCAGCUGGCCGGCCGGGGCUCCGCCGUGCACCAGCUGAGCGAGGAGCUGCGCUGUGCCCUGCGUGAGGCCCGCGUGACGCCGGGCUCGGGCGCCCUGCGGGGCCAGAGCGUCUCCGUCUGGGAGCUCCUCUUCUACCGCGAGGUGUGCGAGGGCCGGCGCCAGGACCUGCUGAGCAGGUACCGGGCGGGCACGCUGACCGUGGAGGAGCUGGGCGCCACCCUCAUUUCGCUGCUGGCGCAGGCCGAGGCUGAGGCCGGAGCCGGGAGCCCGCCCCCAGACCCCCGGGAGGCCCUGCGCGCGGCCACCAUGGAGGUCAAGGUGGGCCGCCUCCGGGGGCGUGCGGUGCCCGUCUGGGACGUGCUGGCGUCCGGCUACGUGAGCGGGGCCGCCCGGGAGGAGCUGCUGGCCCAGUUCGGCUCGGGGACGCUGGCCUUGCCCGCGCUGACCCGCCGGCUGACCGCCAUCAUCGAGGAGGCCGAGGAGACCCCCGGAGGCGGGCAGGAGCGCCAGGACGCCUCGCGUGGCCCUCGGGACCCGGGGCCAGCCGGGCAAGGGGACGGUGACUCCGGGCGCUCCCCGGACAAGGCCGAGGCCGCCCGCCGCCAGGAGCGGACCCUGCGGGGCGCCACCAUGGAGGUGCAGCACGGGCAGUUCCAGGGGCGGCCGGUCUCCGUGUGGGACGUCCUCUUCUCCUCGUACCUGAGCGAGGCCCGCAGAGACGAGCUCCUGGCCCAGCACGCGGCCGGCGCCCUGAGCCUGCCUGACCUCGUCGCCGUCCUCACCCGGAUCGUCGAGGAGGCCGAGGAGCGGCUCAGGAAGGUGUCCUUCCGCGGCCUGAGGCGCCAGGUGUCCGCCUCCGAGCUGCACACGUCCGGGAUCCUGGGCCCCGACACCCUGCGGGCCCUGGCCCAGGGCACCAAGACCCUGCAGGAGGUGACGGAGAUGGACUCGGUCAAGCGCUACCUGGAGGGCACCAGCUGCAUCGCGGGCGUCCUGGUGCCCGCCAAGGACGAGCCGGGCCGCCAGGAGAAGAUGAGCAUCUACCAGGCCAUGUGGAAGGGCGUGCUGCGGCCCGGCACGGCCCUGGUGCUGCUGGAGGCGCAGGCGGCCACCGGCUUCGUCAUCGACCCCGUGCGCAACCUGAGGCUGUCCGUGGAGGAGGCCGUGGCCGCGGGCGUGGUGGGCGGCGAGAUCCAGGAGAAGCUGCUGUCGGCCGAGCGCGCCGUCACCGGCUACACCGACCCCUACACCGGGCAGCAGAUCUCCCUCUUCCAGGCCAUGCAGAAGGACCUCAUCGUGCGGGAGCACGGCAUCCGCCUGCUGGAGGCCCAGAUUGCCACAGGCGGCAUCAUCGACCCCGUGCACAGCCACCGUGUGCCCGUGGACGUGGCCUACCAGCGUGGCUACUUCGACGAGGAGAUGAACCACGUCCUGGCGGACCCCAGCGAUGACACCAAGGGCUUCUUCGACCCCAACACGCACGAGAACCUCACGUACCUGCAGCUACUGGAGCGCUGCGUGGAGGACCCCGAGACAGGCCUGUACCUGCUACAAAUUGUAAAGAAGGGUGACACCUACGUGUACAUCGAUGAGGCCAUGAGACACAUGCUGCUAUCCAGAACUGCAAAAAUGCGUGUGGGGAGGUUUGCUGACCAGGUGGUCUCUUUCUGGGACCUGCUGUCCUCUCCAUACUUCACAGAGGACAGGAAGCGGGAGCUGAUCCAGGCAUAUGGAACCCAGAGUGGGGGCCUGGAGAAAUUGCUGGAAAUCAUCACUACGACAAUUGAAGAAACAGAGACGCAAAACCAAGGCAUCAAGGUGGCAGCCAUCAGAGGGGAGGUGACAGCUGCAGAGCUGUUCAACUCCGGAAUCAUCGAUCAGAAGACCCUCCACAUGCUCCGUGCAGGGAGGACUGGGGGGCAGGUGCUCAGCACGCUGGAGGAGCUGAAGCCCUACCUAGAAGGCAGCGGCUGCAUCGCGGGGGUGAUAGUGCCCUCCACCAUGGAGGUUGUGAGCCUCCAUGAGGCCAGCAGGAAGGAGCUCAUCCCUUUAGCAUUUGCGACCUGGCUGCUGGAGGCGCAGGCCGCCACUGGUUUCCUGUUGGACCCCUGCACCCACCAGAGGCUCUCUGUAGAUGAGGCUGUGGUUGUGGGCCUGGUGAGCGAGGAGCUAUGUGAAAGGCUCCUGAAGGCUGAGAGGGCUGCCACAGGCUACAGGGAUCCGGCCACGGGAGACACAAUCCCACUGUUCCAGGCCAUGCAGAAGCAGCUCGUCGGGAAGGCAGAGGCACUGAGGCUGCUGGAGGUGCAGGUGGCCACGGGGGGUGUCAUCGACCCACGGCACCACCACCGGCUCCCACUGGAAACAGCCUAUAGGCGGGGCUGUCUGCACAAGGACACAUACGCACUCAUUUCUGACCAGAAGCACAUGAGGAAACGGUUUGUGGACCCGAACACCCAGGAGAAGGUCUCGUACCAAGAGUUGCAGCACAGGUGCCACCGGCAAGAGGACACUGGCUGGCUACUCUUCCCAGUGGCCAAGGACGCACGGGACUCCCAGUACGUCGACGAGGAGACGCUAAGGGCCCUGGAGGCAGAGCAGGUGGAGAUAACAGUGGGAAGGUUCAGAGGCCAGAAGCCCACACUGUGGACACUGCUGAAUUCGGAAUAUGUGACGGAGGAGAAGAAGUUCCAGCUGGUGAGGAUGUACAGACUGGACACGAACCGGGCACUGCAGAAGGUAGCACAGCUGAUCUUAGACACGAUUGAGACGCAGGAAAAGGACAGUAAACAACUGUGGUUCCAAGGGAUUAGAAGACAAGUCACAGCCUCGGAACUCCUGAGCUCACACGUCAUCACAGAGGAAAUGCUGCAGGACCUGGAAACUGGGCGGAGCACGGUGCAACAGCUCAGGAAGGACAAGCACGUCAAGCGCUACCUGGAGGGCACCAGCUGCAUCGCGGGCGUCCUGGUGCCCGCCAAGGACGAGCCGGGCCGCCAGGAGAAGAUGAGCAUCUACCAGGCCAUGUGGAAGGGCGUGCUGCGGCCCGGCACGGCCCUGGUGCUGCUGGAGGCGCAGGCGGCCACCGGCUUCGUCAUCGACCCCGUGCGCAACCUGAGGCUGUCCGUGGAGGAGGCCGUGGCCGCGGGCGUGGUGGGCGGCGAGAUCCAGGAGAAGCUGCUGUCGGCCGAGCGCGCCGUCACCGGCUACACCGACCCCUACACCGGGCAGCAGAUCUCCCUCUUCCAGGCCAUGCAGAAGGACCUCAUCGUGCGGGAGCACGGCAUCCGCCUGCUGGAGGCCCAGAUCGCCACGGGCGGCGUCAUCGACCCCGUGCACAGCCACCGCGUGCCCGUGGACGUGGCCUACCAGCGUGGCUACUUCGACGAGGAGAUGAACCGCAUCCUGGCGGACCCCAGCGACGACACCAAAGGCUUCUUCGACCCCAGCACGCACGAGAACCUCACCUACCUGCAGUUGCUGCAGAGGGCCACUCUCGACCCUGAGACUGGGCUCCUAUUUCUUUCUGUGUCUCUGCAGUGACUG